AUGCCAUGCAGCACCCAACCAUUCCAGCAGGAGGGACCGAAUGAUUCAUCAUCCUGCCAUCGCUUAUAUCUAUACGUCAACUCCCUCUUCUCACCUCCUCUCCAACACCAUCAUCACGGCAUCUUUCCACUCGCUGGAUCUCCGCUUUACGCCCAAUAUCAUCACACCGCAUCGUAUUACCGCACAAAUCGUUAUCACUGCACAUCAUCUUCACGAAGCAGGUCUUCCACAUCUCUGAAAAUGGGAGACGAACGCUACACUUAUAUCAACAGAGCCGGCAAGGCGGUGACUGCCAAUAGGAUUCAAGUCGUUGAGGGAGCGAAAAGCACUCCCCAUAAAAUCGAUACCCGCAACCCUAUCCACAUUCCUGCAUCCGAGGAAAAGAAAUCUAUACCUACAAUCGUUGUUACAACGCCACUUGAUUCCAUCGCAGAGACUAUAGAGCCUGCCGAUAACUCAGAACUCUGGCACGCAGAGACUUGUCCACCGGUUGAGAAUUGGUUGGGAACGCAAAACCUCGUCGAAGAGACCCCAAGCUCUUUGAAAUCCUCGGACAGCUUGCAGCUUGGCCAUGCAGAGACUCGCCCUUCGGCUGAUGAUUUCAUGGUCGAUGAUCUUGCGCCCGCGUCUCCAUCCAAGAAAUCAGACCUCAACAUUCCGAUCUGCCUCCCUCCCGUCGACGCAGACGAUCUCUACAUUCAAGAUAUUCCGACUCCCGCCAACUAUGACGCUAAAGCUCACCACGAAGAGCGCGAAUGCCGCCUCAAGGACGUGCCGAGCUUAUACGAAGACGAGCGCGAGAAACGAGUGGGAUUCGAAAAAGACUUUCCCCAUCCUUCCGAAUCACAGCUACCCGAGUAUGGAAGUAGCUAUCGUAUUCCCGGGACGAACGAGCUGGUCAGCUAUUACGACGGCAGACUGAUCUUCAGAAGACCCUAGA